AUGAUAAGCUCAAACAUUUUGAAGAAUUUAAGCACUCAGAGAGAAGUUAUAUUGAAAGAUUAGAGUUGAUAGGGUACUAAAAAUGGAGAAAAAUAUUGUCAACCUACAUAAAAAGCACAAGAGCAAGAAAAAUAUCCAUAAAAAGACGAAACGAGCUUCGAAAAAUGUUGGUGAAAUUCAAAGACAGUCUCGCAAGCCAAGUGAAGCAUUGAAAUCAAAACUUGAAAAGAAAAUGACGCUUAAGAAAGAAUUGACUUUUAAGAAGAAAAGGAAAUUAAAAUCCAAGGAAGUUGGUGGUCAUCCUUCACCAGCUAACUUAAUAAAGAAUCCCGAACAGUGCUCCUCAAACUGGAAAAAGAUGAUGCAGACAAUGGAGAAAGAGAAACCAAAAACACCUAAAGUUAUAAAACGUCAUCAACACAAGGCUUCAAAUGUCCGGGACAAUCCGCAAAAAGAAAAAAAAGAGCCAACUAUCUGGUUUGAUGAUGUCGAUGACAUCUAUAUCGAUACCCUAAAAACGAAAGAAAAGGCAACUGAUGAUAGAAAGCAUGCAAAUAACAAUGACCCUUUGGUGAAGCAGGAUUCAUUCAAAGGGAACACAAAGUGUGUCGCUAUGGAUUGUGAGAUGGUUGGUGUUGGAGAAAAUGGGAAGGACAGCGUUCUAGCUAGGGUCUCAAUUGUUAACCAGUUUGGCCAGUGUCUUUAUGACGAAUAUGUUAAAUCUAGGGAACCUAUCACAGACUAUAGAACACAUGUUAGUGGUAUCACUCCAGAAUGUCUGGAAAAAGGGUUACCAUUUGAGCAAGUACAGAAGGAAGUGAGUGCAAUUCUUGAGGGUAGAAUUCUUGUUGGACAUGCCUUACAUAAUGAUCUACAGGUGCUAUAUCUCUCACACCCUAGAAAGAAGAUCCGUGAUACCCUCAAGUAUAAACCAUUCAGAAAACUAUUCAGUGGGAGGAACCCUUCACUCAAGAAACUCUCUGAACAGGUCCUCAAUGUCAAAGUGCAGGAGGGGGAACAUAGUUCGGUUCAAGACGCACAAGCAGCUAUGAGGCUUUAUACAAUGUACAGACAGCGCUGGGAGAAGGAGCUUAAAGACCAUACAUUUGGGAAAUCCAAAGCUAAAGCAGACAUUUCUAAAAGUGAUAUUGCAACUUGAUAAUAGAACUUUGCAAUUGACAUAAAGACAGAAUUAGAUUUACCAAGAUACUACUAACAACUAUUGACAAAACAAUUUUAGAAUAUUUUUGGCUCAAUAUCAUUCCUCAUCUUGUCUAUUUUCUAAAAAUAUACUGUAUUUGAGGUCAACUAAAGAUUUUUAUAAGAAUGUAUUCAUUAUGCAUCAUUUUUAUGUCACCACCAAAAAGUGGUGACAUAUUGUUAUGGUCUCCACUUUUUAUGACGGCGGUUGGCAGUUUGCGAUCAGCGGUUGGCAAAUUCUGUAACAAAUUCUUAAAACUUCCAAGAACUUAACAAAUACUGUUUAGACUGACUUCAGUUUUUUUCAAAAUCAUCUACAAGUUUUCAGAGGUUCAAAUCUGACUUUAUAUUUCAGAUUUGACCAUCAGCAUCCUUUCAAGGUCAAAAAGGUAUUUUU